AUGGCUUCUUGUUUGGACGACAAGCUGGCGCAGCACCUCCUGGGGGUCAAGCCGCAGCGCUUGAAAGUCCCAGCCCUUCCCGGGCCAGUCCUCUCCCAGCUGGCGGACCUCUCGGAUGCAAGGCGUCGCCCCGAAGUCUUGCACCGGCUUGUGGAGACUCUGAGACCCAGCCAAGCCGAGAUUGUGGAGUUCCUGGGCUCGCACGUGGUGAAGGCCUUGUCUGGCUCCGCCUCUCGGGGCCCUGGCCCUGCGCAGCUGCGCGGCGUGGAGGUGGCGCCUCUGCCCGGCCAGGGCCGGUCCUUGCUGGCCAAGCGCGACCUCGCUCGAGGGAGCGUCUGCAUCCAGGAGCAGCCGCUGGCCUCCGUGGCCUCUGUGGCGACGGGAAGCGAGGCCUCGCUGCAGGCGGAGACGCGCUUGGCCUUGCGGCUCUUGGCUGCCUCGAGGGCCAACCUGGCGGACUUGGCAUCCGACCUCCUGGACCAUGGCGGCCGAGACCCGAUGGGUCUGAAGAGCCGGGCAGUGGUCGCCGUCUGUGCGGCGCUCUGUAUUUCGAAUUUGCCUGCCUCGCAGCUCUGCCGAGAAGCGGAGGAGGCCUUUGCUUGGCUCGGACGCGUUCGCAUCAAUGCUGUGGCAGUCACGGCUUUGGCUGAGAAUGGCUCUGGUGAGUUGACGAGGACCAAGGUCGCCCUCGCCCUGUAUCCAAACCUUGCAAGGAGCGUGAACCACGCUUGCAAACCCAAUGCCCUGCUCCGCUUUGACAAGGACACCAACGGUGUGGAAGUCGUGAUCUCCUCACCAAGCGGAGUCAAUGCUGGGGAGGAGGUGACCAUUUCCUACGGCCCCACAGGCGGCUCACACCUGCGCUCUGAAAGACAACAGACGCUGAGCAGCCAGUACGGUUUCGACUGCCUUUGCCAGGCUUGCGCCUCAUCCGUGCAGGACGAGGACUUCCAGUGGAAAGAGCGGGCCAGGAAGCUUGACCUGCGUGCGCAGGAGGCGGCGGGACGUGGGGCCUGGCUCGAAGCCGUGACGGCCUCGGCAGCGGCUCUGGCCCUGCUGCGUCAGGGCUACGGAGAAGGAGAUGUUGAGCUAGCCAGAGAGGAAUGCAAGCUCGCGGGCUUAUCCCUUCGUGUUGGCAAAGUCGACAAAGCCCGUGAGUUGUGGUUAUCGGCUGCUGAAGUGCUGAAGCCCCUCAGCUGCUCUACCGAUCCAGACCUGGUGGAGGCGGAGGAGAUGCUUCACCGGCUGCCGCAAUCAAAGGGAACCGAGGUCCCGCCAUCACCAAUGCCGAUGGCAAAAGGCUUUGCCGCAGCUGGGAGCCGCAGCGACAUCGCUGCGGCCCUGCGGCGCCUCCAGAAUGCCAUUGACACGGCGAGCUUGGGGAAGGGCCCCGGAAGCCGAAAUGUUUCUUCGAAGCAUCCACCGAGCAAGGUUGAGGCACAGGACUCGACGACUGUGACUGACAGCUUUGCCGGUGCAAUCUUCGGGCUGGAGAGCCUGAACCUGUCUCCGGCGGAGAAAGCCAAGCUUCAGGCGGCAAUGAGUUCCGGCUGA